AUGAACACCACUACAGCCACCACCGUCGACGACGACCUCACCACCACCGCCAACGACGAACCCACCACUGUCAUCACUGUCGACGACGAAUUUCAGAUCUGGUACCAUCGUUACCUCUUCUCCGGUGUAUCGUCGACAUCUCCUCCCCCCGAUCUGAAAUGUUCGAGUCCAGAUCUACGCCAAACAACCACCAUAUCUGUAACCAUUGUUGCCAAAUGUUGUUAUAUCCCUCGAACAGCAGCUAUCACCACCGAAGCACCAGAGCUUACUUUCUACUCCUUCAGAUCUGUGAUUUCAUCGCCACCGCCAUCCAAUCCGGUCCAGCAGGGUUACCGCCUCGGUUUGAUCGUGUUGCCGUUUCCACCAACUUCGAUUACCCUUCUGUCUUCAGUCUUCGUCUCCAUUGCAAUCGUAAACAACGGUUUCGCUUACGGCUUAGGCUCCAUCUCUCCAAACAUAGGUCCCAACUCCAGGGCACUUCACCAAAACAACUUACAUGGUCAAAUUCCAAAUGAAAAUAGUAAAUGUCUUCAACUAAGAGCUAUAUGGAAUUUUGUUGCUGGAGGUAAACACAAGAUGCUAAGGGCAGGAGGAUACUUUGUCCGAGCAGCAGAACCUGUUUAUAAACAUGAAGAUAAACUUGAAGAACAAUGGGAGCAAUUUGCUGCUGUUAGGUGGGAUGUAAGAAGUAUGAAGGCAUUAUCGGAGACAAUGCUGACACUUUCUCAUCCAAUUGAUGCUAAUGUGGAAGCAAAAUCCAUUCGGUGUUGUGGAGAAUCCACUAAAAACUGUCUGUAG